AUGAACGCGACCUGCAAUGUUGAGGGUAGCAUUAAACCCGGAUAUGGAAAUUACGGCCUUGGAGUUGAUAGCGACAACGCAUGCAAGGGUUGGGAGCUAUGCACCGACGCUCGCCGGCCACCCCGCUGCCAGUCCUUUUCAUGGGAGCCGAGCGCGAACGAGUGCAGGCUAUUUGAGGUUUCAGCGGAAGCCGGAGUUGAUGGAGAGGUUGGCACAGGUAUCACAUUCUACAACAGGGAUUGCUUCGUAUACAACCCGCGACCUGGCAUGAAUACCAAGGACUAG